AUGGACGCGUGGGAAGGAAACAACAGAGGUAUAAACCGGCGAGUUCCGUCUGCCAAGGAUGACUAUGAACCUCUGGACGGAACCGAGGCUUGCAAAGGGCACGAGGUCGUGCCGGAGCACUCGGAGGGCGAACGCCUGGCAAGGGGCCCGCACCAUGUCGAGUGUAAAGCGUGGCCGAAGAGCAGCAAGCCUCAUAACGGGGAUGUAUCCACUUGGAGUGCCUGCGUUACGCUGGUCCAGAUGCAAGUGCCCCUGGUAUACACUCGGACCAGCUGCAAAGGGGUCAUCAGGGUCGGCAGAAGAAAUGAAAGAGCCCACGACCGGGCAUGUGAGCACAUGAUGAACAUCGUGGCGCGUCGCGAGCCAUGGUUGCCGCCGAAUCAGUCUGCAAGCGAGCGGAUUGGGAGGGUGUCGAUGGCUGUUGGAAAGCCAUACAGCUUCGUCAUCCUCUGGCCGCCGAUUCCGCCCGAGAAGCCCAGCCUCCAGGAACGAGACUGUCGGACGAAGCAACGCGUGAUGCAGUCCCACGACCUGUCCUACCACCCCUCAGCUUGA